AUGGAUUUCAAUGAAACUCAACACCAAGAUAGCCAGAUGAGUUAUGUUCCAAUGCCGUUGGAAGUAUGCAAUUUGGAUAAGCCGUUUAGGAGAUAUCACGUUUGUACUGAAGACUGGUCCACAGCCGGCCGAACGCACUCGGCCGGACAGGAAGGGAAUUGGCUUCGCUCGGCCUUCACCAGGACCGACCCGCAGUCGACCAAUAUUUACCACAUGUCCCAUGCAGCCGACCGAGCGCAGCGAUCGAUCCGGGAAGCAAUGAACCGCGCUCGAUCCAUUCCUCGACAUGCGAUCAAAGCAUCCGGCCGAACGCACCGGUCGACCAGGAAGGCAAAGGACUACGGUCGACCCAGAUCAUCACCUCAUGACCAAGACCAUCACAUCACGGCCGACCCCGACGGCCGACCACAUCCCUUGCACGGUCGACCCGAGGUCCGCGAACAAGAAGCCCACUUAUGCAGUUUUAACCUUUCUUGGCCCGUUUCACCUCAACCGACUUGUGGAAGACCUAGGGCACUAUAA